AUGAGUCUCAAGGCAGUUGUGGCUGCGGCUGUUGCCCUGGUGCUAUAUAGUAUCAGUCUCAUCGUGUAUCGCUUAUUCUUUCACCCGUUAGCGAAAUACCCUGGCCCCCGCCUAGCAGCCAUCACACAUUGGUAUGCAGCCUUCUAUGCGUGGCGGGGAGACUUGCAUAUCAAUAGCCGGGAAUGGCAUGAUCGUUAUGGUGAUAUCGUACGAUUUGCUCCAAAUGCACUUACAUUCAACACCGAUACUGGAAUGGACGCCAUCUACGGUGUUCGGGCGAAUGUUGUGAAAUCAGAGGGCUAUAGCUCACUGAGCGCUAGCCGGCAGACUCCCAACACCCUUACCGCGACCGAUAAAACUACACACGGGUUCAAAAGACGCAUCUUGGCUCAGGUUUUCUCAACUGAGGGGAUCAAGUCAAUUGAAGAGCGCCUUUUGGAAAACGUCCGUGACUUCGUCAACUUACUUGGAAGAGAGGGAGAUGAGUUUGGGGUCGUGAAGCCCGGUUUCGAUACCAAGCCUGAUGGCGGUUGGACGCAAACCAAACAUCUAGCACCGAUGUGUGACUGGGUAACAUUCGACGUUAUCAGCGAUCUCUGUUACGGAAAGGACUUCGACAUGCUGCACUCUUCAGAUAUGCGGUGGUUCCCGUCAGUGGUACUCAAGAUUACGCAGCGCAGCAUGACGUCAAAAUUCUGCAAUCUCAAGAUUGACCAGUUCUUCAUGUCUUCAAAAUUCAAGGAUAUUGUGAACGCUGGCGUUCGAAUCGGCGAACGUUCGAAGGCUCGCCAACGUCUAGGAAAUGAUAUUGAGCAGAAGGAUCUCUUCUGGCAUAUGAUGAACACCGCAGACCCUAAAACAGGGCUUCACUUCACUUCAAAGGACUUGUGGGUGGAGUCGAUGCUCCUGAUGACUGCUGGUGCUGACACCACUGCUACCGCAAUGAGUGGAACGUUCUUCCAUUUGGCCCAUAAACCCGAUCUCCUCGCCCGCCUAGUAUCUGAGCUUCGUACUACCUUUUCUGAUGAGGAGGAUAUCCACAUGGGCCCAGACCUCGACUCUUGCGAGCUUCUCCAAGCCUGCAUCAAUGAAACAAUGCGACUCGCUCCAUCGGUCGCUACAACGAUUCCACGCACCGUGCUGAAAGGGGGUCUCAUGGUUGACGAACAAUUCAUCCCUGAGGGAACCAUGGUCGGAACAACGACAUAUGCCAUUCACCGAAACCCAAAUUACUUCGCAUCCCCUGAUGCAUACUUCCCAGACAGAUGGAUCGUCAACCCGGAACUUGGAGUAGACGAACAAAGUAUUAAAACUGCAAAGCAGGCCUUUGUUCCCUUCAGUUCUGGCGCUCGAUCAUGUGUUGGGUGGAAACUCGCGUGGGCUGAGUUAAAUGUGACCAUUGCUAGAACACUAUUCCGCUAUGAUAUGCGGUUGGCGCCCGAUGCUCGUUGCUGCAGUGGAAAACGCAACGAUUGCGACUUCAGAUUGAAAGGCUGGGUGACAUCAGCGGUGGAGGGGCCGUGGGUUCAGUUCAAAACUCGAUUCUGA